AUGUCCUUUGUUGGAAAAUACCAACUGGAGUCUCAAGAGAGCUUUGAGCCUUUCAUGAAGGCCAUUGGUCUUCCUGAUGAGCUUAUCCAGAAGGGCAAAGAUGUUAAGAGCAUCUCUGAGAUUGAAGAGAAUGGCAACAACUUUAAGGUGACGUUCACAACUGGAUCCAAGGUCCUCGUCAACUCUUUCACCAUUGGGCAAGAGGCUGAGCUUGAGACCAUCACGUGCGAGAAGGUCAAGUCAGUUAUAAAUCAAGAUUAA